AUGCGCUUCCCAUGCCCGCCAAUGAACAACGAUGAGAGUUCCCAAACCAGUGACAGCGCUACGUCGCAGAACGCCGGUGAUCCCGCCGAAGCGCCGCCAUCCAGCCCUCGCGACACUUCAGCUGCUAUAUUCGAGGACAGGGGGAAGAGCAUGAAUACCCUCGAAGAAUUACGCCAACGGAUGAAGGACAAGAUGAUCAGCCAGCAAACCCAACUGGACAAACAAACAGGCUCGCCGCAACCGCCCCGAUCCGGCAGCGAAUAUCAUCGCCAAACAGCACGAGAGCUACUUUCUAACCCUCCCACGCCGUCCAGAGCGCCAUCGUCGCCCCAUAAUGUGAAAUCUAGAGGCCCCCUGCACGUCAGGGGCUCGUCCCAGGAGUUUGACCCUACAUUCCCAUUCCCUACGAUGGGAUCGCAAAAACGACCGCUAGAUCACGCUGCGAGACCCCGAGAAGACCCCCGUAUAUUAGGUUCGCGAUCUACCCGCACUCCACGAAAGAACACGAUGGGAGGAAGCGGGGAGAGCCGUACCGCUUCGGACCGGCCGUGGACUGCACCACCGAAACGUGAUUUUCUCCCUUCAGAUGCCACGGACGUGAUUGAGGAUGCUGCCUACCCAACCCCUAAUCUCUACGACUUGACAUUGACAUUGAAUGCAGACCCAGGACUUAAUAAUUGGUGGUCGAAUGUGUCUCGAAUUUUGAGAAUGCAUUAUGGAGCCGAAAGGGCCAGUCUCUCUGUCCCCGGUGACGCCACGGACCUCGAAAAUGUGCCCUGGGGCCAAAAGGCAACAUAUUACCCUCGCUCUUGGAGUAUCAUGAACCGCAAUGAACGAAGUGAAAAGGAAACUACUUCCGCUGGCUCUCACCGGGUAGCCACCAAAACAUCAGGUCCGAAAUAUACGACGGAUGCCGGUGACUCUCCAUCUCCAAUUUCGCGUCGUCCCCAUUUAAUGUCACGUCAUUCGUUUACUGGGUAUACCACACGUCGAAUCGAAAGCGAGAGGCGUGAUUUGGAUGAAACCCCUCCACCGAGAGUUCAAAUCCGAAGGAAAAGCUUAUCUGGAUCAGAGAAAACAGGUAGUAAAGGGAAAACUGAAAGCACAGAAGGGACGAGAACGAAGCGAGUGCUAGCCGCUGGACCUUCACCAACUCAGUCUGAAACCAGCGACGACUACCUUCAGUCACAGUCAAGCAUUACUGGCUCAGUAGCAACCGUAUUCCAAGUGCCCCGUGGACUGGAGGUAGAGCAGAGCCCGCUAAUAAAACGAACUGGGAUUCCCAGGCUCUUCGGCCGUACAAAGCCCGCCGUACUGACCAGAGAGUAUGCGGAUGACCCUUCCACAGCCCAUACCCCGACUUCAAUACAUCGUCAUAAAGAUGUCGUUCAGACAACGCCUCGUGGCGAAUACCCUUCAAAGGCCCCAGCGCUACAAUCGGCCGCCCCUAGCCAGCGUUUAUCCAACACCCGUACAGCUAUUACUAAAACACCGUUAUCCGUGCUUGGCGAGGACGUCGAGUCAGAAUAUGUCUCUGCCGGCGAAGCAUACGAGGAAUACGAACAAGUCCCACAAUCUCCUUGGUCCCAGUCCCCUGCGCCAUCCCCAGCUCCUCUAUUAAAGCCCGAAGAGAACCCUUUUUUUACUAAUCCAGAAGUAGACGAAGAUGCUUUUGCUUCGAGUCCACCAUCUCACGACUACUCUGAGAGUCUACCACCCCACGCCAUCGGUGUCGAUUGGUCCAAAACGAUAAUUCACAUACCACUACUAUACUCCCCUCCCACAAGCCAAGCUGAUGAUUCUACACUGCGAUUUCCUGUUGCUAUCAUUUCCAUUUUAGCGUCCAUCAUUCCAUACCCUACGAAUCUCAGGCUUUCACUUGCGUAUCUUAUGCCACAUUUAACUACUUCUUUUUGUCUUGCACAGCAAUAUAGCGAGUUGGAAAAGCUGCUUCCUGGUCCUUUAGGACGCUAUAAUCUCCUUGGCCUCGGUGGCACGUUUUCUGACGAGGGAAGUGAGCUGGAACUUGUUGCGGGGCUGGCUGGGCAGGCCAAUUAUCCAUCAGGGGAAGACGGCGCUUCAGUCAGUCGUUCGGUUAUGUCCAGUCCUAUUGCUCCAUCCAAUCUGGGACGGACAAGUUCUGCAAUAUCUGCUCCAAGUAUAGAUCUUGCCAGUCCUGGACUACGAAGAGAGAUAUUUUUAAGCCCAGGAGCUUUUCCGCUCAGUGGAAUUGAGACCUUGGACAGCUAUUUUAUAUCAGCGCGGCCUAAUAUCCAGGCUAUUCAACAGGCGAAAUCGUCACCCGAUUCGCAAACAGGAGAAUUUCCUUCAAGCCCUUCAAGCUCCAGUUCGCAGCCUGGAAAAGCUGCGGGUAACGAUGAUAUCACUUCUAAGGAUAUAUCAUCUAUCUCAGAAGUUUCCCCUGUUCACCCUCUGACCACCACUUCUCGUUCCUCGUCUGCAUCUGUCGCUACCCAAUUACAACGUGACCUACAGUAUCGUCCUUUUUCCGAUACAAUAGCUCAGUUGAUGCUGAACUCAGUGCCAUUGCAUCUGUUCCUUGCCAAGCCUCCCACUGGUGAAGUGAUUUGGACCAACGCCAAGUUCGACGGGUAUAGAAGAUACCCCCACGAAUCACGUAUCAAGGAUCCUUUCCAAAAUGUGCACAGCAGGGAGUAUGACAACGUAAUAUCUGAAUGGACAAAAGCAUUAAAAACAGGAUCUCAAUUUACAGAGCGGGUUCGUGUGCGCCGUUUGGGCGAUGAAGCGUCAUAUCGGUGGUUUAUUUUUCGAGCAAAUCCAUUAAUAUCAGCCACUGGAGAGCUACUCUAUUGGAUUGGUUCAUUCCUCGACGUGCAUGAGCAACAUAUAGCGGAAUCAAAGGCUGCUCAGGAAAGAGAAACUUUUGCCACUGACGCCAAGUACAGAGCCCUAGCAAAUUCGAUACCUCAGAUUGUCUUCGAGGCAGCUGAAUAUCGCGGCCUCAUAUCGGCGAACCAGCAGUGGGAGCUGUAUACAGGCCAAUCUCUUGCAGAGGCUAAGAAUCUAGGAUUUGCAAAACAUAUCCACCGUGAUGACCUCAAAAAGUGUGGCAUCCUCCACCCUCCCCAGGUAAUCCCAGAAUCCGUCAGCGCCACUGAAUUUGGGAAAAUCAUGUUUGAUCCUCAGUCAGAUGAGACUCCCAGACCGGAAGACGGGAAAGAACAGGAAUUUUUCUCCCCCGACACUGCAACACCAACUACUGCGCCAAACGCGGAACGUCCCUUUGGCCGCGGCGUCACGGAAGCCCUCCAACAUUUGGUUGAAAAGGAUGUUGUUACAAUGCAACGUGACGAGAAUGGCCGAGAUUCAUACACCACGGAAGUUCGGUUUCGCUCGAGGAAAGGGGAUUUCCGUUGGCAUCUUGUUCGUCUUGUAAAAGUUGAAACCGCUGAUUUUGGAAAUGGCGAGGCAUCGUGGUACGGAACAUGCACUGAUAUCAAUGAUCGAAAGAAAUUAGAAAAGGAGUUGAACAUGGCGAUGCAAAAGCUCAACCACGAGAUGGAGUCAAAGACCAAGUUCUUCACGAACAUGUCUCAUGAGAUUCGGACGCCAUUAAAUGGAAUUCUCGGCACAAUUCCUUUUAUUCUAGACACGCAGGUGGAUAGCGAUCAGCGGCGUAUGUUGGACACCAUUCAGAAUAGCUCAACGAACCUGAGGGAACUAGUGGAUAACAUAUUAGAUGUGUCGAAGGUGGAGGCUGGAAAGAUGAACAUCCUUCGUCAGUGGUUCCACGUGCGUGCUAUGCUGGAAGAUGCUAUUGAUACCAUUGCCUCGAGAGCCAUUGACAAAGGCCUGGAGUUGAACUACGUAUUUGAGCCCGAGGUGCCUUCGAUGGUGUACGGAGAUAGAUUUCGCAUUCGUCAAAUACUGAUUAAUUUGAUUGGGAAUGCGGUUAAAUUCACUUCUCAAGGUGAAAUUUUUAUUCGCUGCUCGAUCCAUGAUGAUCCAAAGACGAAUCUUGAAGAAUCAGAGAUUUUACUUAAUUUUGAAGUGAUCGACACGGGCAAAGGGUUCAGUGUCAACGAUGCCCAACGGUUAAUGCACAGAUUCAGUCAAAUCGAGAAUGACAACGCGCAGCAGCAUGCUGGCAGUGGGCUUGGGCUCUUUCUGUCGAAACAGAUUGCCGAGAUGCAUGGCGGGCGGCUAACACCGACAAGCAUGGAGGGCCGAGGCGCCAAAUUCUCCUUUUAUGUGAAAGUCGGCAUUACUACGGCUCAGACGGCUGAGACCAUGCAGCGUCUGCAUGAGGAGCUGCCUGCCCGGCCUGCGUCAAGGGCUCCCACUGGAGGCUCGACCACCAGCCAAGAAAUAUCACCUGGGCAGAUGUCUUCCGGGGUACAGUCAGACACCAGCCCUGAGUCAGUCAGCUCGGCGGGCUAUCUUGCCAUGCCCCGUAGAUCAAACGACGAAGCCGCUCCGGAAGCCCUUAAGCGCAGGUCAGCAGUGGCUGAUUCGGCAAGAAAUUCUACGGACUCUGCAAAAAUAAAAUAUCAAAAUAUAUCUCCCGCGCCCGAAGCUAAGGCUACGGCUAGCAGGAAUGAUAGUGGAACGCUCGAAACGGUAGACUCAGCGGAGAUCCUUGCUCACCCGACAAUGUACUCUGUAUUGAUUGUGUGUCCGUUCGACCACGCCCGGGAGGCCAUCACGCAGCAUAUAGAACAGGUGGUUCCGUUUGACGUUCCGGCUAAUGUUACUUCGAUCCACGAUUUGGACGACUGGAAAGAACUAAGCAACAAUGCCGAGCCGCCAACGCUUACGCACAUGGUGCUUAAUCUGCCCGACCUCAAGGAUGUUAAGGAAAUGAUGUCGAAUAUCCUCGAAGCCGAAUGGCCCCCACCGACGGUUGUCAUUGUUGCAGACGCCUACAUGAAACGCGAUAUCGGCGAAUCCUGCGACGAGUUCAAGGCGGCUGGGAAGAAAGCCGUGGUUGUACCCAAGCCGCUGAAGCCAUCGACAUUUUCGCCGAUCUUCGAUCCACUCAGCAAACGCGAACUCAGCAAGGACCGGAACCAAGCCAUGGCGCGGGCGAUGGACGACAGCUUCCGGGCGAUGUCGAAGAUUGUCAAAGAGAUGAUCGGCAACAAGGGCCACCGGGUGUUGCUCGUCGAGGACGAUGAAACUAAUCGAGCUGUGAUGUUGAAGUACCUGGAGAAGAUCAAGUUGAUAUCGGAGACGGCGGCCAACGGGCAGGAGUGCAUCGACAUGGUGUUCGCCAAGGAGCCGGGGUAUUACUCGCUGAUAAUCGUAAGUUGGAUGGCGACCAAAGGACCAAAGGACAGUGCUGACAGAACAGUGCGAUAUCCAAAUGCCCAUCAAGAACGGAUACGAGACGUGCCGCGAGAUCCGGGCGUGGGAGGUGAUGCACCACCUCCCGCCGAUUCCGAUCAUGGCGCUGUCGGCGAACGCGAUGACGGACCAGAUCGACGACGCGGUGCGGGCGGGGUUCAGCGACUACGUGACGAAGCCGAUCAAGCACAAUGA